CGGCGGGAGGGGGCGUCUUCCGGGAGCCUGAGCUGAGGGGAGGAGCGGCCGCCGUGCGGCAGUCAAAGCUGCGCGGGGUUGCUGGUUACGACUGAGUCUCUUUGCCAGCCAAGCCACCUGGGGAGGGGUCAGGGCCAUCAGGAUGCUGUGAAGGUCUGAAGAUUGUGUUAAGACUUUGUUAAAGUGAGUCAAAAACAAGGAUUUUGUGGAUUACUAUAGUGUUGAGUGUGAAGGCAAUCCCGGAAGCUCACUAUGUCAGGGAAACGGAAGCGUGUGGUGUUGACUAUUAAAGAUAAGCUUGAUAUAAUAAAGAAACUUGAAGAUGGAGGUUCUUCCAAACAACUGGCUGUGAUUUAUGGAAUUGGUGAAACAACAGUUCGGGAUAUUAGAAAAAAUAAAGAAAAGAUUAUAACUUAUGCAAGCAGUUCUGAUUCUACAAGUCUUCUGGCUAAGAGGAAAUCUAUGAAACCAUCCAUGUAUGAGGAACUAGAUAAAGCAAUGCUGGAAUGGUUUAAUCAACAGAGAGCAAAAGGGAAUCCCAUAUCUGGAUCAAUUUGUGCAAAAAGGGCAGAAUUCUUCUUUUAUGCUUUGGGAAUGGAUGGUGAUUUUAACCCCUCAGCUGGUUGGUUAACUCGAUUUAAGCAGCGGCACAGCAUUAGAGAGAUUAACAUUAGAAAUGAGAGGUUAAAUGGAGACGAGACUGCUGUGGAAGAGUUUUGUAACAACUUUCGAGAUUUUAUUGAACAAGAGAACUUGGAACCUGAACAAAUCUACAAUGCAGAUGAAACUGGACUGUUUUGGAAGUGUUUGCCAUCCAGGACUUCAAUAAUGAAAGGUAAAUGUACUAUUUCUGGGCACAAGUUGGUUGAAGAAAGAGUUACUAUCAUGUGUUGUGCCAAUGCAACAGGUUUGCACAAGCUUAAACUUUGUGUUGUGGGCAAGGCAAAGACUCCUCGCUCCUUCAAGUCAACUGACACUUUAAACCUACCAGUCUCUUACUUUAGCCAAAAAGGUGCAUGGAUGGAUCUUUCCAUUUUCAGACAAUGGUUUGAUAAGAUCUUUGUGCCACAGGUUCGAGAGUACUUAAGAUCCAAAGGUUUGCAAGAAAAAGCUGUACUUUUGCUGGAUAAUUCACCAACACAUCCGAAUGAAAAUGUCCUUCGUUCAGAUGAUGGCCAAAUAUUUGCUAAAUAUUUGCCACCCAAUGUGGCUUCACUGAUUCAGCCCUUGGAUCAGGGAGUCAUAGGAGCAAUGAAGAGAAACUAUCGUGUAGGUCUUCUUCAGAAGAAUUUGGAAGAAGGUAAUGACUUAAGAUCAUUCUGGAAGAAGCUGACUCUGCUGGAUGCACUUUAUGAAAUAGCAAUGGCAUGGAACUUAGUAAAACCAGUUGCUAUUAGCAGGGCUUGGAAGCCAAUUCUUCCUACUAUUGAGGAGAAAGAAAGCUUGGACUUCAAUGACGAAGAUAUUUCUGUGGCUACUGUGGCCACCAUUUUACAACAUACCAAAGGAUUAGAAAAUGUGACUACUGAAAACAUUGAGAAAUGGUUUGAAGUAGACAGUACUGAACCAGGUUAUGAAGUAUUAACUGACAGUGAAAUCAUCAGAAGAGCACAAGGUCAGACAGAUGAUUCUAGUGAAAAUGAAGAGGAGGAAAUAGAACUAAUUCCAGAGAAACAUAUAAAUCAUGCAGCUGCUCUCCAGUGGACUGAAAAUUUGUUGGGUUAUCUAGAACAGCAAGGUGACAUGAUUCUACCUGAUAGACUGGUAAUACGUAAACUUAGAGCCACCAUUAGAAAUAAACAAAAGCUGACAAACGCAAGCCAAUAAUGGUAUUUUAAUUUAAUCAUUUUUGUUUUGGUAAUUAAGCUUACCAUGCUUAUUGUCUUUGCAAUAUGUUUUAGUUUUGUUUUCUGAAUUCUCAGACAUAACCUGUGAGUUACAGAUUAAAAAAAAUUGUAUAGUAGCUUGGAAAUGUGUUUUCAUUAUCUGUUUUAUCUCUUUAUUUGUGCAGAUAAUCAGAACCUGAUUUUGUAUAGAUACCAAUGUAAUUCAGUUGUAUAAAUCUGUAGUCAUCUCUUCAAGAGCAAUGGCAUCCCCAACUUCUCUAGCAAAAGUUAGAAAUAAUAGUGAACAGAAUUAAGCACUUUCCUAAAACCUUUUGCUUAAAUUUUGAGGGCUGCCACAGUAUUCUUACUCUAUCAUAAAUACUUGCUUUAUGUAUGUGUACAGCUUGACAGGAUGAGAAAGAUCUGUAUCAUUAGAUUUCAGGAUGAUCUAUAAAAAAUGAAGUUUAGUAAUAGUGGGGAAAUAAAGAUCUAUUAAUGAUAAAAAUAACUUACUCUUCUGUUUUACGUUUGUGUGGCUGGAAAGAAGAGAUUUUUCUGGAUAUAAGAAGUAACUGCUAAAUGAGAAACUAGGAAAACAUACAUAAAAGAUAUUCUGAUUAAUUCUUUGUAGGAAAUGAAGUUAAAAUUUUGGAAACUUCAGAUUAUUUAUACAAAGAACAAAUAUGCUUGUUUUAAUUUGAUUUUUUAUUAUAAAUUGGGUACUAGUAUACAUUUAUUAUUUAAUUAUACAGAUUUCUUAAUGCUUCAUGUAAUGAAAGAACUCCCAACGUCUUGGGAAUUUUAAAGUAUGAUUUUUUUAUUUACUGAAUAUUUAGAAAUAUUACCUAUGACUUGAAAAAUUUUGUCCUACUUGGCUGUAAUUUGAUACAAAAAGGAAAAUAAAAUUUUUAACAUUUAAAGUAAAUCAUAUUGGUAUCUUUUUAUGAAAAAAGCAAAAGUUAACUAUGGAAAGUGCAAGAUAGAAAUUGCAUUGUUUAUUGUUUUGAUAGUUGUAAAAAAGGAAUUGUGAAAUUUAAUAUAGGUAAGAAUUAUAAAUUUUAAUAAACUUGAACAUUUUGAAAAUAAUUUGCUUAUAUUAAAAUUAAUAUAAUUUAUAAUGUAAAAGCAAAACAUUCCCAUAUUACGUUUUAGUCUAGUUUUUUUUUUUUUUUUUUUUUUUUUUUUGUACCCAGGAUUGAACUCACAACCUUGUAUUUGCCAGGCAGGCACUUAUGCCACUGAGCCAAAUCCCUGGCCCUAGUCUAAAAUUUUUUAAGUUAUCAUUCUCAUUUUUGAAACGUUUAACAUUUUUGAUGAACUACUUAAUGCCUUUUUCCAAAUUUUUAAAAAAAUUUUCAGCUUUCUGUAAUUUGCUAUCUUUGUUACGUGUAUAUAUAUUUUUUUCAAAAGAUUUUUGAUGAAAUUAUUUAAAAAUUGUGUUCAUUGUGUGAAUUGUCUAUGGUUAGUGGGGAAAGGCAUAAGAAUUGAACAUACAUACUGAGUCAUAAUAAAUUCUACUAUUAUAUAGGAAAUAAUUUUUCUAAAUGAAAAUUAGGUACUAAAAAGGUUCUUAAAAUUUUUGUCUGUAUUUCUUCACUGUUUCUGAAAUUAAUGUUUCUGGUGAAAUACAGUUGUAUCAUUGCCACCUAGUGGUAAUAUUAUUGUUACUGUUAAGCUCUGUAGUUUUAAAUGUUAAUAUCCAGUAAAAGGUUCACUGUUUGUGGAUUUGAGUGUGAAUCUUAUGACUUUCUCUAGAUUGAGAGGCUGCUCUUGGGUUUACCAGUGUUUGCUUUUCUCUGAAAUUUAAAUUAGUAGGCUAAUGUUCAGUUUUGGAUUGUUCUUUCCUUAAUUCUAAAAGUUGCCAGUUGCUGACUGUUAUUUUGUAUUCUAAGUAGUCUAUUUGUAUCAUUUAAUAUUGAUGCUUAUUUUGUAUUUUUUUUCUGGUACUGAUAAUCGAGCUCAGGACCUUGAGUUUGCCAGUCUUUCUUAUAUUCUUAAUUGUUGUAGAUCACUUGCCUGUAAGAAAGAAUUUGUAUUUGACUCUAAAGCCUGUGCUUCUGUUAUUCAUAUUACAUUGACCUCUUUACUUUUUUCUAGUCCUUGGCACUUAUCCUUUGCACUGCUCCUUCAUGACUUGCCACAAGGAUCUGAAUUUGUCUCAGUUCAUCUGUGGCAGCUGUGACUUCUUCCGUUAUACUUUUGAGAAAUUAGUAUUCUCUACUCUGUGGUGUUUCUAUCUUUUUUGCCUUGGUACUGGAGAAUAGACUCAGGCUUGUCAAUUCUAGGCAAGUGUAUUACUACUGACCAGUAUCCACUUACUCUAUAUGUAUAUGUGUGUGUAUGUGUGUAUACAUACUUAUAUAUAUAAAUGUGAGACUUGGUCUUGCUAAAUUGCUCAGGCUGGACUUGAACUAGCAAGGUGGUCACAGGUAUGCACCACUGUAUCCUGGAAUUACAGAUAUAUGGCAUUGUACCCUAUUCCUAUUAAGUUCCCUCAUAAUUCAGGUAACUUCAGCUGUUGAAACUACCACCUGUAUUUUAGAAACUUAACAAGCUCUUUUUUCUUAACAAUCUAAUAAUGUAAGACUUAGCAAAAUUUAAAUUCUUCAAAUUUAAAACCAAUUGAAUUUUCUUUAAAUGAUCCUUAGACCCAAGCUUGUUCAAUCUGGUGAUUUUUGAAUCUACCAAACCCUGAGAAUCUUCUGCAUCCAAUUAGCAGAUAGGAAAGAGAAAAUAAACUUACCUGCUUUUUAAAUUCCUCGUCCCAGAAGCUGUUCCUUUUACUGUCUUUUGCCAAGAACUAGUUACUAGGCAUAGAUAUAACGUUGGGACUGUAUUGGAAUGGUAGAAGUUGCUAGCCAUGACAACUUUCUAGAAUGGAAAGGGGAGGCAAACAUAUUGGUAAAUAAUUAGUCCUUUCUAAAACAAAACAAAAAUAGAUUUGUCACAGUUAUUCAAGAAUUUUAAAAAAUAGAAUCUGUACAUGAGUCUUGCUUCUUGAGGAUUUAAUUUAUUUGGUCUAGGAUGACCAUGUUUUUUAAAAAAUUUCUUAGUAUCUUAAUGCAGCUACAGUUGAGUAUGUCACAAUUUGUGCAAUUUGUACAAACAAUGUAGAAGAUGUGAGGCAAAAAAAAGAAUGGUUUCAUUUGAUGGAAGAUGAAAUAAGACUAUAAAAUCAAAAUAAUGAGGGAGCUAGUUACAUGCUGUAGUUUGAAAUUCAUAUUCAGACAUAAUUGCCAUGUAAAGAGAUCUUUAAGAAGUGAUUAGACCAUGGCAUCUCUACUCUUACAUUUAGAUUUUAGUGUGGCAAUAAAAAUGACUUUAAAUCUAAUGUGGAAAUGAAAAUGGCUUUUCAUAUAGAGGGAUUGCUAUUUUAAAUAGGUGUCAAUCACCUUGAGGAAGCACAAACCCUAUUGGCAAAGGCCCUGUUCUGUAUUCCUAUCCCCUUGCUAUGUAACUUGCUUCCCCAUUUGAUGCAGAUUUAAUAAAUUUUACCUGAGAAAUUA